AUGCAAUUUGAUGAAAAUGGAAAAGCUGUUAAACAAUACAUUGGAGAAGGUGAAAAUGGUCCAAUUAAUUCAUUCCGUCAUAAUCCAUAUUCUUAUUUCAAUGAAGAAUUAAAUGCUAUUGAAGAGGGACCGGAUGGAUUACCACGAUAUUCUAACCAGUUUGAUGGUCAAUAUGCAAAUAUUAGACCUGAAAUUUCAGCUAAGAAAUUCUUUAAAGUUGCUUUAUUCGAUCCAGUUUUCGCAAAUGUUAAAGAUGAACUUAAACAGCAAUUCCAACCAAUUAUAGUAGCAAGAAUUGCAUCAGGUGCUUUAUCUCAAGCAUUCAAAGAUUUAAUUAAGAAACCAUUAUAUCAGCAACGUGGUUUAACUUAUGAUUUAGUUAAGGAAUCAGAUAAAAGAAAAUUUGAGAAAUCAGAUGAUUAUAAGAAUGCAAUUAAUGAAUAUAUUCGGUCUAUUAAUUUCGAUGAAACAGCUAAAAAUCAACUUCAUGAACAAAUACAGGGAAUAAUAGAUUCAAAAGUUCCAGCAAAAUAA